AUGGAACGACCACAGGUGACCGAGCCACCACUAUGGCCAGGACCACACGACAUGGCCAGCAAGGACAGCCCCCAGCUAGACGUACACACCAGGGAAAUCGACCUGGUCAACAGGGAUCCCAAACACCUCAACCAGGAGAUGGUGGAGUUUGAGGAGGUUACAGCAGAACCAGAGGGACUACACAGCGCGCUGGGCGUGUGGCAUUUGACACACACCACCUUCACCGUAUCGCAGUACUGGUGUUACCGGGUACUCACGGCCCUAUGCGGAGUGCCCGCUGCCAUCCUAUGGGGCUUCCUCUUUGCCUGUGGCAUCUUCUGGCAGGUGUGGGCAGCCGUGCCCUGUGUCCGAUGCCAUCUGCUGGGUCUACACUGCCUGGCACGCACCUUCCCCGUCUGUCUGCGGGCCGUCUGUGACCCCCUGUCUCUGGCCGCAGGGGGGGUGAUGCACAGUCUGCGUCUGGCUCUGGGUAGGGCGAGCUAGCGGGGCCCACAGUAUCGUGCCCACACGCCCACAGCCCACACAGUACACACAGCCCACAGCCCACACAGCC